AUGGCGACCCUAAUCAACUACGACUUGACAACAUUCAAGCAGGCAAAGCCCAACAAACGCCGGCUCCAAGACUUGCAACAUUCCGAGGCUAGAUCCCACGCUGCUCGGGUUUCAUAUUGGCGUAAAAGAAACCUUCCGUUGACAAAGACGCCACAGCAAGGCUUCAGCGACUUGGACAAAGGUGUCUCACCUGGUACAUCCUCCACAUCAGACCAGGAUGUCCAGAGUCUGCCUGGAAGUACCGGUGACAUUUUCCUGGAGAACAGGCACAGUGCCUCUUCGGGAGAGCUAACAUUUGUCCAUGAACAUGGCAGCGCUUCAGAAUCACCUUCUUGCGCAGUUGGAAGGCGAAAGCAUACUUCAUCGGUCUCACAUCGAGGUGAAUUGUCAGUCAGCAGUCAUCAUCGCACUCGCUCAGAUGGCAAUACUAAGGCGAAUGGGAGGCGAAUCGCGAAAAAAGUGGAGGAGAGUAGGGUAGAACACCUAGCGUUCACAAGGAAUCCAGACUACCUCUUCUUCGAACCCAUUGAUUCUUUGCGAGAUCACCAGAGAGGCGAUGUGAUUACAGCCCUGGAUCAGUACCUUAAUAAGUGGGCACCAGGGCAGAAACCAGGCUUAAGGCACCAGACCAAGGACAACCCACUCAUCAGAGAGGUGUUCUACUCAGCACUACAGAACAUCGAGCUCUUCGAAUCCAUCAUUGCUCUGAUGACGAGUUUCCAGGCUGCAGGGCAGAACUUCGAGAACCGACUGUGCAAUGUGUCUCUCUACCAUAAAGGCCGGGCAUUGGCAGGCAUUCGGUCCAAGUUGGGGUCUGGACUGGUCGACGAAGCCGUUAUGCUAUCGACCGUAUUUCUUAUGAUCAUCGACAACGUCUUCGCGGAGUAUGAAUCUUACCGAGCUCAUCUAGAUGGCCUUCGAAGGAUGGCAAUGGCCAUGCCAAGGAUUGACGAGACUCGCUAUGCCGGAGUUCUAUGGACUUUUCUUUCUUGGGCCGAGUCAAACGCAUUACUUUUAUUUGGGGACAGCAUUGGAUCUGGCGCUUCAGUGGACAUUAUGACCGCAACGAAUGGACAACCGCAGCGCAUGCCAAAGAUGACGCCUAAAACGAUCGCUGCACUCACGCCUGGAUUCAGAGAUAUUGCCGCGAGAAAACAAAUAUCCGCGCAACUCACUUCAACACUGGAAAGUACCAUCAGAUGGACAAAGUGUAUUGACGACCAGUCCGCAUGUCGCACCAAGAAUGACGAGGACUUCCUGGCGCGCUUCGACCCUCGUAUGAAUAACGCCAGAGCCAUGCGGCUCUCUUCGUGUCAUGAGAUACUGGAAAGGGCAAUUUGCAAAGCACUUUAUCUCUACCAUGCUAACGUGCUGGGAUGGUCCUGUCGAUGUGCCGUCUAUCAAAGUACAGUGCUCGAUCUUGCUGCCAUACUUCAAACGAAUACGCUGGAGGACGCUGGGCAUCAAGAGCUUUGGAUGUGGUUGGCGCUUCUCACUGCAAAUGCAGCCAGGAGAGGCAAGCUUGAGCAGGUGCAGAACGAGAUACUGGCUAAAUUAGCGACUGGCGCGGAGCGAUAUUGGUCGAUCGGCACUGUAAUUGAGAAGUUCCUUGUCCACAGCAUGUUGGAACGCGAGUGGAAACAGUGCUGGGAAUUGGCCAUGAUGGUGCAAAGUACGUAA